CCGGGGAGGAGCCAGGCCCGCAGACAUGAGUCGCUUCAAGUUUAUCGACAUUGGUGUCAACUUGACAGAUCCUAUGUUCAGAGGGAUUUACAGGGGAGUUCAAAAGCAUCCUGAUGACUUACAGGUUGUCGUUGAGAGAGCGGCCCAGAUUGGUGUUAAAAAGCUCAUGAUUACAGGUGGGAGCCUGCAAGACAGUAAAGAUGCCCUGCAUCUGGCACAGAAAAAUGAGAUGUUUUUCAGUACAGUUGGGUGCCAUCCGACCAGGUGUGGGGAAUUUGAGAAGAACGACCCUGAUCUUUACUUAAAGGACUUGCUGGAUCUUGCCGAAGGCAGUAAGGGGAAAGUGGUCGCCAUCGGGGAGUGUGGGCUUGAUUUUGACCGACUGCAGUUUUGUCCCAAAGAGACGCAGCUCAAGUAUUUUGAAAAACAAUUUGAACUAUCGGAACAAACCAAAUUACCAAUGUUUCUUCAUUGCCGAAACUCACAUGCCGAGUUUUUGGACAUCAUGAAAAGAAACCGGGAUCGCUGCGUCACUGGGGUGGUGCAUUCAUUUGAUGGUACCAAGGAAGCAGCGGCCGCUUUCACGGACUUGGGUCUUUACAUAGGGUUUAAUGGUUGCUCACUGAAAACUGAGGCUAAUUUAGAAGUUUUGAAGUCAAUACCUAGUGAAAAACUAAUGAUUGAGACUGAUGCACCUUGGUGUGGAGUCAAAGGUACACACGCAGGAUCAAAGUACAUAAAAACUUCAUUUCCCACCAAAAAGAAGUGGGAAAACGGGCACUGCUUGAAGGACAGAAAUGAGCCUUGCCACAUCAUUCAAAUCCUGGAGAUCAUGUCAGCAGUAAGAGAUGAGGACCCACUGGAGUUAGCCAAUACUCUGUACAACAACACCAUGAAGAUAUUUUUCCCUGAUGUGUAAUCAGCAUGUCUUCCCUUUUCCAUCAUGUGUGUAAAAUUUCCUGAAAGCUUCAAUAAAGGACUAUAUGGAAGCAGUUUAAA